CAACUACUUCGACUGAAUAUUGAUAAAAAAAGUACAGUAAUUUACUGUCGAGAACACAAUCUGUUUCAUUUCGAAAGACUAUCUCAAGCAAAAAACGCCAGCAAGGCACGCUACCGUUUCAAACUGACAACCAUCAAAAGCUAGAAAUUUCAUGAUGAAUGCGCCUCCGACUUAUUCAAUCCUGCUACUGGUCCUCCUCGUGGGAUCAGCGAUUUCAUCGGUUGAUUCAUUUCUGGCAACUGCACCAAGAACGGCAACGACAAAACAAACGGCUCUCCGUGCCUCUUUUGAGGACCUGCGGAGUGCAUUUCCCAAAGACGCAAACAUUGUCAAGGCCGGUGGCUGGCACAAUCUUGAGCAACUGUCUGAGGAUCCAAAGGGCGCUCUAGUGGAAUACGUCGUCAACGGCCUGAAGGGAACCUCCUCAGGGUCCAUCCAACCGUCGGUCGCCGCCCGCGACAGCGAGAAAAUCGAGGCGCUUGCCCUUUUGCUGUACGGAAUGGGCAAAGGAUUCACCGCCGAUGCAAUUGACGGAGAAUGGGACCUUGUCUUUACCAAGCAGGGCUCGAAAAGUCCGUCCUUUCAAAAACUUGUCGGCAAGCAAGAAACCGCUGGCCGAUCGAAAAAUGUGUUUGACGUCGCCAAAAUGGUAUUUUCGGGAGAUGUACGCUUCUGGAGAUGGGGGAAAGUAGCCACCACCGUUCGUUACACACCCACGUCGGACGCCUUCUCGACGUCUGCCGAUGGCAAGAUUGUCGUUCGGCGCAUCGUCUGCCAAAUCAUCAAUGCAUUUUUUAAGUGGUGGAAACUCCCGGGAAUCCCCUUUCCCCUUCCCAAGAAAAAGGGGUUCCUGGAAGUGUUGUACUUGGACGAGGAUAUUCGGGUUACCAAGGGCAACCGGGGCGGAUUUUUUGUCCACUUUCGCCCUGGAUUUCUGAAUCAAGUCAUGCCGCUGUAAUGUUUCGUGUGGAUUAUUUCUCGUAGAAGAACGAAGAGAGUGCUUCUUCCGAUGCGUUCUCCAAGUAAACAAUCACGUUGCCAAUACUCCCAGCAGAAAAUUUUAUGGCAGAAAUCAAAACAUAUGCGCCUAGAAAACUUGUGGAAACCAACCCAUCAACGACAUGGCAAUGCAAACCUGACUUGUGUCAACUGAAACAUUUCUCUUACAGACCCAACUCACUUCUCGCUACUAAGUUAAGUAUAAACGUAUUUAUAAUAC